CCCCGCCCCCUCGGCUGGCCGCCAUCUUGUUGUUGAUCCGUACCCAGUGGGCAGCACCGGGAGCUGGACCGAGCGGCCGGUGCGGGGCCGCUGCUGCGGGGCUCGUCCACCUGCACUGCCUGCCAGGGGCGGGCCGAAACCUGGAGGCCCGGGGGGCCCAGCUCCCGUGGGGAGCCGUGGGCGCCCACUGCCCGGGCUGGGUCGGGAAAUGGAGAGAACAGGCACGUAGAAAUGGGAAUCUGGUGGCAGUGGAUCUCUACCUCCUAUCCUGCCUGAAGUGCUCACACCACAGUGCUGUAGGACAGAGGCAGAACUUCCUCAAAGUGCAGAACUGAAGCCUGAAAACAAAGUAACUCUGCAUUUCAGAAGGGGCCGUGUGGCCCAUCCCCUUCCUGGCUAAGAUGCCAUAUUGAUUCUUGGAAAACAUGUAUAAGAUUCCCAUACCUACCCAUCGUGAGACAAGAUCUAAUGGAUACUCCAUUGAGGUGGGAAUUUGAAGUAACCAGGAACUGUUUAUUGCUGCUAAACUCAAGCUUCUAGAUGAAGGAGGAAAGAAGAAUAAGCUGAACAGACUCUGACCGUUGGCUUUCAGCUUGCCAGGACCUUCUGCCUAGCUCUCCUUUUGUGGCCCAUGUGCUGCAUCCUCUGCCCUCAGUGUGCAACUGGCCCCCAACGCAAUGUGUGUUUGUCAAACCAUGGAAGUGGGGCAGUAUGGCAAGAACGCAAGUCGGGCCGGAGACCGGGGAGUCCUCCUGGAGCCCUUCAUCCACCAGGUGGGCGGACACAGCAGCAUGAUGCGCUACGACGACCACACUGUGUGCAAGCCCCUCAUCUCCCGGGAGCAGCGCUUUUACGAGUCCCUCCCUCCCGAAAUGAAGGAGUUCACCCCUGAAUACAAAGGCGUGGUGUCUGUCUGUUUUGAGGGAGACAGUGAUGGUUACAUUAACUUGGUGGCCUACCCUUAUGUGGAAAGUGAGACUGUGGAGCAGGAUGACACACCAGAGCGGGAGCAACCUCGGCGCAAACACUCCCGCCGGAGCCUGCAUCGGUCAGGCAGUGGCAGUGACCACAAAGAAGAGAGAGCCAGCCUGUCCCUUGAAACCUCUGAGAGCUCCCAGGAGGCAAAGAGUCCGAAGGUGGAGCUCCACAGCCACUCAGACGUCCCUUUCCAGAUGCUGGAUGGCAACAGCGGUCUGAGUUCUGAGAAGAUCAGCCACAACCCCUGGAGUCUGCGCUGUCACAAGCAGCAGCUGAGCCGCAUGCGCUCAGAGUCCAAGGACCGAAAGCUCUACAAGUUCCUCUUGCUUGAGAACGUGGUGCACCACUUCAAGUACCCCUGUGUGCUGGACCUGAAGAUGGGCACCCGGCAGCAUGGUGAUGAUGCAUCAGCUGAGAAGGCGGCCCGGCAGAUGAGGAAGUGCGAGCAGAGUACGUCAGCUACACUGGGUGUCAGGGUCUGUGGCAUGCAGGUGUACCAGCUGGACACAGGACAUUACCUCUGCAGGAACAAAUACUAUGGCCGUGGGCUUUCCAUUGAAGGCUUCCGCAACGCCCUCUAUCAGUACCUGCACAAUGGCCUGGACCUGAGGCGUGACCUUUUUGAGCCCAUCCUGAGCAAACUGCGGGGCCUGAAAGCUGUUCUGGAGCGCCAGGCCUCCUACCGCUUCUACUCCAGCUCCCUGCUUGUCAUCUACGAUGGCAGGGAGUGCCGGGCCGAGUCCUUUCUGGACCGCCGUGCCGAGAUGCGUCUCAAGCACCUGGAUACUGGGCUCCCUGACGUGGCACCUCCCUGUGGCCCUAGCACCAGCCCCAGUAGCACCAGUCCCGAGGCUGGCCCCUCCUCUCCACCCAAGGUGGAUGUCCGCAUGAUCGACUUUGCACACAGCACGUUCAAGGGCUUCCGGGAUGACCCCACUGUGCAUGAUGGGCCGGACCGAGGCUAUGUGUUUGGCCUGGAGAACCUCAUCAGCAUCAUGGAACAGAUGCGGGACGAGAACCAGAACCAGUAGGCCCAGCCCUGGGCCCCCAGAACCCCUUCGUCUCCACCCGCAGGCAGGGACCAUUGCUCUGACUGAACUCGCCGUGAGGACACACAGACUUGCUUUUAAAGGGUUAUAUUUCUCUUUGGUGUAAACUAAAAGAAAUGUUUUUAGCUGUAGCCUGGAAUCCAUAUAUAUAAAGUGAAGGAGGGUACAACACAUCCUCACAGCCAGGCUCCUUUAGCUCUACAGCUCUGACUGCUGUGUCCAAGCUGACUUAGGAAGGAAGAGGUGCCCUAGUGCAUGGGCUUGGCAGCAUGAACAGGGUGCCCUUGGACAUUGGUUUAUCUUGCCUAGGUCUUUGGGGUCUGUGGCUGCAGCACCCUGCAGGUUUUAGGGUGAAGCACGGAGCUGGUGCAGGGUCCCUCUGUGCUCACUCAUCCCUUGUUCCGCAGAAGUAGAGGAUUGGGUGCCCAGCUCUUGGAGACUUUCUAGUCUGGUGGUGUGGGCAUCAGCCAGCUCUUUAACAGAUGCCCCCAGGGUACCACAGGGCCAAUUGCACAUAGCUGACCCAUCCUUCUCAGUUCUGACCUUGGUGUGAGGCUAGAUUCAUGAAGCUGUGCUGAAGCCAGCUUCUGGCAGAGAGCAGGCUCUGGGAUCCCCAGGCACUCUUUGGCACUUGAACCUGCUCCUCUUCUUGCCUGCACACCCCAGCCAGCCUUUCUCACUAAGAUCCCUUGCCUGAGGAGGCUACUCCUUCCUGCCCCACUGAAGAGGUCACUGCUGUGUUUGCCGAGGAGAGUUAAUGUCCCAGCAGAUUCCAGGGCCUCUGGUGGCUCUGGCCCAGACAGUGUUUGCAGUUCUUGGGCUGUGGGUGGGUGUCCUCUUCCUCUAGCUUGGGCAGCUAUGCUGCCUUUGGAUGGGCUGCCCAUCCCAGGGCUCAAGGGCUGUGGUCCGCUCAGGGUGUCACCUUUCCCCAGGCUAAGCUCAAGGCAGCAGCCCAUUGUGAGGAGCUCCAGUCUUGGGAGGGAGAGCUUUAAGCUUGUCUUCUCAUAGGGACAUUGUUUGGGCCCUGGGUGCAGGUGCCCAUAUUCUGCUAAUGAGUUUUGUCUUAUCAGUCCUUGGAUCCAUCAGUCUGUCCAUUUCUCCAUCUGCCAGCCCUUGUCUCUUGGGAUCUUUCCCCUGGGAUGUAGCCUUGUUUAUUAGUAAAUACUGAUUUCCAUCAUGCUUUCCUCAGCAAAAUACGCUUUUCCAUUUCUAAGGUGAUCUUUGGCGCUUGUGCCUAUUGUCAGCAGGUGCUACCUUUUUACAAAGAACUGGUAGCAAAUGAAUUGUAUGAGAUGUUUCUCCUGCUGGCCCAACACCCUGUCUGUUGGCCUGGAGUGUGGCCCUGCUCAACAGUGUGGUACAGUGAAGGCCAAGGGGCAGCCUUUCUGGUGGUUUUAGAAAUUUUUGUUGCUGGCCCAGAGGUCUGCCAUCUCUAAUAUGUGGUCAGGAGGUGAUACUACACUCACUCAGCCAUUGCCAUGGUUAGUGCCCUCACUUCUGGGCCUAGGGCCGCUGUCAUUGUCACUUUCGGCAUGGCCCUUGUUUGGGCUUUAAAGGUAAGCGUGCCAGUCGUCUAUGAGAAGCCUUGAUAACUGGUGGACUACUUUCCUAGUCCUUAGAGAUGCAGCCUCACACAUUUUAAACGGGCUCCUUGAUGGAUCCCAUCUCUCUCGAUCCUGGUGCCAGUGGUGGGCAGGUUCCCAUUUCUCGGGACUGGGAGGGACAGCUUGCCUGUUUCUGGUCAGAAAUGACCAUCUUUCCUGUACCAUUCUGUGGCGUCAGCCAUAGGGGUAGUAGCCCUUCAUUAGUGUAGACUCACUUCAUGGCAGGGCAGAAGCCAAGACAGAGUCAGGGGCUGCUUGGGACUCACUUCAGUUGAACCUCUCCACCAUGGGGAUGUGCUGUGCUGAGUUCCUGUAUUUGGGGAGCAGAUGCUGCCCCAUUCUACUGUUCGUCGUCAGAGAGGCUAUACCUUACCUUUAGUGUUUUCCUGGCACUAAAAAGAGCAGAAGGGCCUGGGAUUUCCUGCUUCUCCAUUCAGGCAGGACCCCUCCUUUCAGCACUUUUGACACUGGGGAGACCCAGCUCUGUUACUUGGUGUGUACUGGGCAUGUGUGUGCACACAUGCUGUCCACCUCUACUCUCUCCUUGCUCCUUGCCAGGGAGCCCUGUCCCUGCCAGGCCCUGCCUUCCCAAACCCCAACUUGGGACCAAAGUGCAACGCGGGAUCACGGGUUGGGGCGCUCAGGAGACCCCCCCCCCCAGUGCUUCCCUGGGCCAAGUCAACACCAGCCCCCUGGGCUAGGGGGGGUGGGGUGGGACCCGCGGUGCUUAACGAGGAAGGGGACCAGUGUAGCAACUUGCCAGAGACCCCCCCCCACCCCUCCCUCACAUUGGGGCCUGUGCAGUGGGUGUGGGGGUUUCCCCAGGGGCCAAAGACCUGGGCUAGUUCAGUAGCAGCAGUUUCCCACUGCGCGCACAUCUGGCCACGUGAACGCUCCUUAGAUGCAGGUUGCUUGGAACUGUAAAGCUGUUCAAUUUGGUUUUGUUUGUGAUUUUUUAAAAAAGUUUUAAUGAGAAAAAAAUUGGAGCACCCUGGGAAGGACAUGGUUCCUCUGCUUCUCUGGGAACUCUUAAGACCUCGUCUCUAGGAAUCGCUCUCUACUCCACUUUCCUGGAAGCUGCCUAAACUUACCCAAGCCUCCGGAGGUCUGCACCCCUCCACUAUUGUCUCCGCCCACAGCUGGGCCACUGCGUCUCCUUGGGACCUUGCGUGCGGGGGAGGGGUGCUCGGUCCUUGGCCGGGCAGCCCCUUUCUGUACACCUAGCGCUGCCCGCCCCGCUUGUGUCUGAGGUCGUGUAUGUCAAAAUAAAGCCGCUAGAAACUGA